AUGUCCCUGAAACUCCAGAGGAGGUCGAAUGUUCACAGAAUUGGCGUUGGUCGAUUCACCGUCCCAGUCUCAGACGAUCCCACCAAGCCACGAGCGGUUUUCCAGCACUUGUUCGACGGUCUAGGCUUGUUGCACAAGUUCCGCAUGGUCGAUGGUAAGGUUUUCUACCGCAGUCGAUACACUCAUGAUGGUGUUGUUCGACGAGCAAAGAAGCAAGGAUAUCUCUCUACCACUAGGUUUGGUCUCAACCCAAACACUCCUCUCAUCGAGGCACAGGAUCCAUGUUCCGCUUUGCUCGGAGCUCAGCAAGCCAUUUGGGUACCCAAUGGCUAUGAAGAGCCUGAUGCGAUGAACUGCAACGUCCAGCCACGUCGUGGUAUGCACCUUCCCAAGGACAAGAACCCUUACUCAAGGGGUGGACAAGCAGAAGAUCCUUUCAAGGAUGAGAUUUUGGUUCACAACGACUGGGUCCAGUUUCAAAUUUGUGAUGCGAAGACCCUAGAGCCCAAGAGGUUGCUCUCAUACGCAGAUAUCAACCCAGAACUCCAAGGAUACGGUAGUUGCGCCCAUCCUGUCCACGACCGCAAGCGUGGGCUCACCUUCAACUGGAUCAUUGAUUCGGCCACCGGUAAACUUAAUGUCUUCUGUUUGGAUGUGGCAGCCAACCCGGCCUAUAUGGUUUGGAAGGCUCCUCUCCCAUGCAGGCCCUGCUACACCCACGCUAUCGCAAUGACGGACAAGUACUGCCUAUUUGUUCGCAAUCCUGUACACAUGGACAUGAGCGACGUCACGAAGUCCAUCUCCGACAUGUUGGUCUGUGAGCAUGACUCCCCAGUCGAAUUCUACCUCCUGGACAAGAAGGAUGGCAGCCUUGUCGCCAAAUACGAGACCAAGAACUUUUACUUCUUCCACAUUGCCAACGGAUACGACUACAUUGAUCCCAAGACUGGCGAUGAGAUGGUUCAUGUUGACAUCUGCAGCUACAAGGACGAGCAUUACCCAUAUGCCGAGUAUGGUCUCGCCAAUAUCCUCGACCCCCUAAGGCCAUAUCAGAUCGGAAAUUUGGUUCGCUACGAGAUGGCCGCUGUGAAUAAGGCCGAUCCCAAUGUCAUGAGCCGCGCUACAGUAAAGGCCGCCAUUCCUGGCAUGGCUGCCGAGCUUCCACGUGUCUCUAAGCCCGCAUCCAUGGACCCCAAUUACCGUUACGUCUACGGUGUGUCCGGCAACGGUAUCCCCGCUCCUGGUACCGAUGUUCCCAUUGCCCGUUACAGCAACGGUCUAGGAAUUGUCCACGCAUCCUUUUACGGAUAUCUUUUCAAGUCCGACUGGAAGACGGGCACAUUCAAGCAGUGGAUCCCUCAAAAUGGAGAGAGUUGCCCUACUGAGCCCAUCUUCAUCCAGCGCCCUGGUGCAACGGAGGAGGACGAUGGUAUCGUCAUCUCAAUCCUCAUCAACAAGGAGGGUACCCACAGUAUUCUUGUUGGUCUUGAUGGUAAGACAUUUGAGGAGGUUGCCAGGGCCGAUAUGCCCCAAGUUUAUGCUCUUGGACCUCACGGUUCUUUUGUCGAUGGUGACUUCGGUCUCUAG